AUGCUGCGCAACGAGCAUUACAAAGAGGACAUAAUCUACAUCACACGAUUGACACGACACGUACUAAGUCUACUCGGAGUUUGGCCAUCUUACAACAAAAGAAGAUCUAUUGGCGAAAAAGUUUGGAAGUACUUCUUGAUCUCGAUCUCUUAUAUUCUUCUCUACUCCGUCCUGAUUCCCGGUGGCUUCUUCUGGUUGAUUGAGAAGAGACCACGCGUCAGGGUCCAAACGAUCCCUCUGCUUUUCUACGGCAUCAUGGCCAGUGGUAAAUACGGCAAUCUGAUAUUCCGUGAGAAGAGUAUCACUCGCUGCUUGAGGCACAUCGAGGAAGAUUAUAGAGUCGUGUCUAGCAUGGAGGCGCGAGACAGGAUGAUCGAAUCUGCAAAGAUCGGAAGACGUUUAGUUACACUUUGCGCGGUCUUCAUGUACGGCAGCGGGCUCUCCUUCCGUUCGAUCCUACCGUUUGCCAAGGGAAAAAUCGUCACUGCGCAAAACAUCACGAUCAAACCUCUGCCUUGUCCGGCUUACUUCUUUUCCUUCGAUAUACAAGUCAGCCCCGCUUACGAACUAAUCUUUGCAAUGCAAUUUUUAUCGGGGAUAGUCACUUAUUCGAUUACGAUAGCUUUAUGUGGCCUCGCGGGAGUUUUCGUGAUGCACGCUUGCGGUCAAUUACAGAUCUUAGUGGAUCUGAUGAAAAAUCUCGUCGAGGAGCAAUGGCAAGAAAAACGGGAAGUGGACAAGAAGCUGGCGAAAAUGGUUGAACAUCAGAUAAGAAUUCGAAGUUUCUUGCAAAUGGUAGAACAUACUCUACAACAAGCGUGUUUAAUAGAAUUGAUGGGAUGUACGGCGAUAGAAUGGGAGAACAGUAAUUCGAUAGCCAUGUGCUCCUACGUCAUAACACUUACAUCCCUAAUGAUAAACAUGUUCAUGUUUUGUUAUACUGGUGAACAACUUAGCGUUCAGGCGGAGAGAGUAGCCAGUACAUCUUGCGAGCUCGAGUGGUAUCGUCUUCCGGAUAAGAAAGCGCGUGGGAUCGUACUGGUGAUAAUCAUGUCAAACAUGCCUACCAAAGUUACCGCUGGAAAAAUCAUGGAUCUAUCAUUCAAGACAUACGGUGAUGUCGUAAAGACAGCCGUGACGUAUUUUAACAUGCUGCUAAAUGUAGCCCGCUGAUGUUUCUGCUCUGUAUCUCUUUCUCAUCGGAAUUAUUCACAACUAUCGACACAUUAUAAUGGUAAUAUCGUAUCGUAUAUGCUCGUGAUAUACAUGUGUCAAAUACAGAAGUUUGGUGUGAUGUACAUAUACUCUUAUAUAUAUUCUUGAUUUAGGUAUACUCUUCUAUAUGUAGAAAUGUAUGUAAAAAUUUUUGUUUUUCAAUACAGCAAAAGUAUAAUGUUUACAUAAAACUUUCAUAAAAAACAAUUCAAUAAUUAAUUACAUUAUAUAAUUAUUAAUUUACUAUAUAUAAAUAUAUAUACAUAUAUACAAUCUACUCUAAUUUGCUUCAAAGUUAUUGUCAUUUAAAAAUCCAUUUUACACGAUUAAAAUCUUCGAAAUAUGGAAUACGAUAAAAUAUUAUAUGGAGGACAGUAAUGCUUAUUAUUUAAAUACACUAAUUUAAAUA